GUGAAAACCGGAGCGAAAAAUCCAAUAACUGUGGAUUUGGAACAUUCUGGUCCACUCACCGGCAUGAUCUAAUGCAGUAUCGAUUCCUAGCAUCGGCUCCCAUCGCUCCCCAAAGACCGAGGGAAGCUUCAAGCAAGUGAGAAAUAGCAGCAGCCAUGGCCGGGAGCGGCCUUGGAUCCGCCGUGGAGGCCGCCGCGCCCUACUUGGUGAUGACCUUGAGGCAGCUUGCCCUCUCCGUGCUCUUGGUCAUCCUCCAGUCCGUCCUCGACCCCUCCCUCGGCGUCAGUGCCGUCGUCAUGGUCGUCUACCAGCAGCUCGUCUCCCUCCUCCUCCUCUGCUCUCUCGCCCUCCUCUUCGACCGAGGCAAACGCCCCAAGCCCUCCUCCCAAAUCCUCUCCUGGGCCUUCUUCAUCGGCUUCUUACAGAUCCCGGUGGGGGAGCUGAUGUUCACGGCGAGCCUCCGCUACAUAACGGCGACGUUCCAGAGCGUGGCGAUGAACCUGAUCCCGGCGGUGGUCUUCGUCCUGGCGGUGGCGUGUCGGCAGGAGCGCUUCCGCUCCUGCAGCGCCCGCGGCCAGGCCAAGCUCUGGGGAGUCCUCGUCUCCACCGCCGGCGCCACCUUCGUUGUCGUCUCGUCCAGCCGGGACGACGACCCCUCCGCCGGCAGCGGCGAAGGCCACUUCGUCGGCUCGCUGAUGGUGGGUCUCGCAGUCCUUGGCGUGGCCUUCGCGAAUCUUUUCGUGGAAAGGGUGGCCGUGAAGUAUCCAGCAGAUCUUACCUUGGCAGCUAUCAUGAACCUCUUUGGGACCCUCCAGACACUGAUAGUGGCAGCUUUGAUAGAGAGAAACCCUUCAUCAUGGAGGAUUAAGUUGGCUGGAAGCCUGCAGCUACUUGCAAUCCUUUAUGGGGGAACCGUGGUAACAGGACUGUCAUACUUGGCUCUGAAUUGGUGCGUACGCAAGAAAGGCCCUGUUUUUGCGACAGCUUUCUCUCCUCUGCUCGUCAUCUUCUCAUUUCUUAUUCAGACACUUGUCCUGGGAGUUGCAGCCAAGCAUGAGAGCUUUAUUGGAUCUGUCUUGGUUGUUGGUGGUCUCUAUCUUCUCUUGUGGGCAAAAUCUAAGGAUCAUAAAAUCGAAAGGAUGGAUGUGGGAGGCCAGAGUCAUCUACUUGAAGAUUCAAGUGCAGAACCAAUGCUGUGAGCCUGUGAUGCAGAAGUUCGACCAAAAUGGCUGGUGUCAAAGCACAUUUCCAGAUGUAAAACAUUGUUGUUAUCAAGAAUCCUGCUAUUCCUGUAGCAACAUUUCCGAUUUCAUGGGGAUCUGAUCCAAGUAUCCAGACCACUGACUGUCGGCUGGAUUCUAUUA